CAGGCGCAGUUUUAUAAUACGACGCGCAGAAGAUAAAUACAUUAGUAAGAGCCUUUUUCUUCACUGCCAUCUAUCUUUUUGAUAAAGAACGAUUAUGCAUACAAUUCAUGUUUGCCUCGAAAUCAUCUCAUAAACGCAAACGAAGUGCAGCCCGUCGCAAUACAACACAAAAAGGCUUAAAGGUUAGUCAUUCAAUUAUAUCGUCAUGCAAAGUGGAAAACGGGAUCGAUUCAGGAAGUGGAAAGCUGGAAGAAGUGAUUGAUUCCCACGUUUUCAAUCAUCAAACGAACAUCAUUUUACCAUUUACGCAAAACACAGAUCACCUUUCAAACAAUCUCCCUUCCAGCCAGCGUGUCAUCUCUUAUUCUGCUAGGAUAAAUAUUCAACUUUUUCUCGAUCCUUUGUUCCUAAUCUCUUACAUCAAAAGAGGUACACUUUCACUUUUGAGCGUCGGAAAUCUAGAUAGUGAGGACGUGAUUUGUAUCAAUGGAAAAGGUCAACUCGUUCUAUCGCUUUGCAAAGAGACCUACUAUGAGCUAGGUAUUCAGGGACAAGCAUUGAAAGCAUCAAAAGGCACAAGCGGAAGAGCAGCAGACAGAAGGAGUGGCACAGCAGAAAGAUUUGUCGUGAUUGUUGACCUUCUUGCAACUUCAUUUGAGCCAGGAAAAGAUGGAUAUGAAAGUAUCGCUUUUCGUCUAAGUGCAUGGGAUAGCAAGAGAGCGGGCAAAAGUCAAAAUGGGAGCUGGAAUGUGGUGAUGAAUUGGUGCUCGGCGAAAGACUCGUUUGGUGACAAGAUUGAAUUUCCAAAGAAAAAUGUGAUAGCUGACAGUAUAAAACGGGUACCUAUCGAACUUUCUCGAGAACUUGUUACGGAUUCAUGGCUGCCCACGCAAGAGAGUGCAAAUGAUCUUGCAAAAGGAUGGUCUGAAAAUAUUGGACACGACAGAAUGCAAUGGAUUGUGUGGCAUGAUGCUCUGGUAGAACGAUUGGCAUGGGCUUCGAUGAAUAUUUUGGAUUGCGAUUGCACUCGUACUUUUUGGCGCUCGGAUGAUCUACAUCUAAAUUCAAGAAAGCAAUCUUUUGAACCCGGAAAAUUGAUCAAAAUCACUUAUACCGGUUUUUUACCAUCAUCACUGGGGAAUUGUCUAAUUGCUCAAAUACAACAUUUGCUUGAUGAGACAACACCAAAUCUUUUUGCUAUCGUUCAAAGUGUAGGUUUUGCCGAUGCGCCUAUUUGUUGGUCUUUGCGUAACAAGACUAUUUUAUCAUACGAAACAGAAAAGACGACAAAGUUAGAUAGAAGUUCAUCAUCCGAGACUGAUUUUGAUGAAGCUGAUCAAACAGGUCGAAAAGCUAGAAGGAAGAGAAAUAAAAAUAGAAAGAAGCGAGGCUUUGUCGAUCGAAAUCAACAUGGUCAUCAAACCAGAAAUGAAUCUUCCAUCUGUACUGCUUCCGGAUGGCAAACGAUCCUCUCGCCAACAAAGUACGGGGAUGAAAAAACGGGAAAUUGUUUUAUUAUUGAAAAUAUUGGUGAUUCACAAAGGUCAUAAGAAGAUUUGAUGUUGAUUGUAUAAUUAUGCUUGUAUGUAUAGAAUAGAAUAGAAUAAAAUUGUUCAAAACAUAUGCAUAGGCAGGAGAUCAUGAGACACAUGAUCUUCAGAAUUGCCAAGCAUCCAUAUCACACAAUGCACGAUUACUUGUGACCAUCAGGUAAUAACGAAAUAAUAG